CAGAGCCAUCGAUCUCAUUCAAAAGGACCAACCGGCGCCUCAUCUCAAGUUCAGAGGGUUUCCACCAAAUUCCCACACCGUGUAACCACAACACAUCAGCAGCCAUGUUCGACAUCAAGAUGCUAUGGCAGGCGCCAGAGGUCAACCCAGUCAACCACAAGGCGCGGUCUAUUCCCAUUUUUAAUGUCGUCGACAUGUACGGCCGUGUAUUCUUCAUGUCUUGGUUCGGCUUCUUCAUUGCCUUUUGGUCGUGGUAUGCCUUCCCACCACUGUUGACUGUCACUAUCAAAAAAGAUCUCCACAUGAGUACCGUUGAUGUCGCCAACUCCAACAUUGCCGCUCUCACUGCCACCCUCCUGGUUCGAGUCGUUGCCGGGCCCUGUUGUGACCGAUUCGGUGCUCGAUGGACUUUCAUUGGCACUCUUCUUCUUGGUUCUAUUCCCACUGCCCUCUCUGGAACAGCAAACAGUGUUGGAGCCUUGAUCACCAUUCGUUUCUUCGUUGGCAUCCUGGGCGGUUCUUUCGUCCCCUGCCAGGUCUGGUCCACGGCUUUCUUUGAUAAGAACGUCGUCGGUACUUCGAAUGCAUUGAUUGGUGGUUGGGGUAACUCCGGAGGUGGCAUCACCUACUUUUUGAUGCCCGUCAUUUUCAACUCUUUGGUCCAUGAUCGAGGACUCACACCUCACGUUGCAUGGCGAGUUGCCUUCCUCGUGCCAUUCAUCCUCAUUGUCUCAACCGCCCUCACCAUGAUUUUCUUCUGCCCCGACACACCCACCGGCAAAUGGAGCGAACGACAUCUUCACACCGCCCAGCUGCUGUCUGCCCACGGCGUUACCACCACCACCGACGCCAAGGGAGUCGUCAUGGAUGAACAGCAACCCAACUCUGGCUCCUCGACCCCCAGAAUGGAUGAGGAAAAGGGCGAGAAGCCCACUGCACCGAUUGCUCACAACCGCGAAGCACACCUAUCCGAGGGUCAGAUGCUGGACAUCGCUCGCGGAGAAGUCAUCGCGAAGCCUACCUUGCGCGAAAGCUUGAAGGUUGUUUUCUCCUUGCAGACUCUCUUCCAUGGAGCCACCUACUUCUGCUCUUUUGGCGGUGAACUGGCCAUCAACUCCUACCUCGGCGCCUACUACCUGAAGAACUUCCCUCACUUGGGUCAAACCGGCUCCGGUCGAUGGGCUGCCAUGUUUGGUCUUCUGAACGUCGUCACUCGUCCUCUAGGAGGCAUGGUCGGUGACCUGAUCUACCGCUACCUCACCAAAAACCUAUGGGCCAAGAAGGCCUGGAUUUCCUCCGUGGGAAUUAUCAGCGGAGCAUUCCUCGUCGCCAUUGGUAAGACCGAUCCGCACGACGAAGCUACCUUGUUUGGUUUGAUCGCCGGCAUGGCUGUCUUCCUCGAAGCUGGCAACGGCGCCAACUUUGCUCUCGUGCCCCACGUGCACCCUCAUGCCAACGGUAUCGUUUCCGGUAUCACCGGCGCCGUUGGAAAUCUCGGGGGUAUCUGUUUCGCUAUCCUCUUCCGCUUCCACGGCACAAACUAUGCCGAAAGCUUUUGGAUUGCCGGUAUCAUGGUCAUCGGCAUAAACGUCGCUGUCAGCUGGAUCAGACCUGUGCCCAAAGGUCAAAUUGGUGGUAGAUGAUGGAAUAAAAGUCCAACCAUCCUAUAAUGAUUGGUUUUGUUGUCGUUAUUCGAAGUUUUCUUUUGAGCCUGCGACGAGUAUACCUGAUGUGACGAAGAGAUGCGUAUGAUACCACUAUUAAAU